AUGUCGUCGUCAUGUUGUAAAAAGGGACCAGGUCAUGCUAGCCCACUUGAUGCAAUGAAAAAUGGUGAACAUGAAAAAAUCUUAUAUCUUGCAAUGGUUUCAUGUCAAGAUGAUCAACCUGAUUAUUUAAAUACCAUUGAUGUUGAUCCAAAUUCACCUACUUAUCAACAAGUUAUAAGUCGAUUAUAUUCCCCAAAUAUAAAUGAUGAAUUUCAUCAUUUUGGUUGGAAUGCAUGUUCAUCAUGUCAUGAUGAUUGUAGUAAACAACGACGAUUUAUUGUAUUAGGUGGUUUUAAAUCUUCGAAAAUCUAUAUUAUUGAUACAGCUAAUGAAACUAAACCAAGUAUACAUAAAAUAAUCGAUAGUGAUGAAUUAAAAAAACUAGAUUUAAGUGCACCACAUACAGUUCAUUGUUUAGGUAGUGGAGAUAUAAUGAUUUCAUGUUUGGGAAAUGCUCAAGGUGAAUUACCAGGUGGUUUUGCAUUACUUAAUGAAAAUUUUGAAGUUACCGGUCGAUGGAAUGAUAAAAAUGCUCCAGAUGCUGUUCAGUUUUAUUAUGAUUAUUGGUAUAAACCAAGAUAUAAUAUAAUGGUUAGUAGUGAAUGGGCAGCUCCAAAUGUUUUUGAAAAAGGAUUUAAUCCAAAUGAUGUUGCUUUAAAGAAGUAUGGUCAGUCAUUACAUUUCUGGGAUUGGUCAAAACGUGAAUAUUUAAAAACAAUUGAUCUUGGACCAGAUGGAUUAAUUCCACUUGAAUUACGUUUUUGUCAUAAUCCAACAACUCCUAUUGGUUAUGUUGUUUGUGCAUUAGGUAGUUCAGUAUUUCGAUUUUUUCAAGAUAAAUCCAAUGAAUGGCAAGUAGAAAAAGCUAUACAAGUCGAAGCAUUAACUGGAAAUGAUGGACAACCAGUACCAGCCAUUAUAUCUGAUAUGCUUAUUUCAUUAAAUGAUAAAUUUAUUUAUUUUUGUAAUUGGUUUCAUGGUGAUGUUCGUCAAUAUGAUAUAAGUAAUCCAGAAAAACCAAAAUUAACUGGACAAGUUUGGCUUGGUGGUUUAACUAAAACUGACAAUGAUUUUGAAGAUAAUCGUUCAAUUCAUGGUGGACCACAAAUGAUUCAAUUAUCACUUGAUGGUAAACGUUUAUAUGUAACAAAUUCUCUUUAUUCAUCAUGGGAUGAUCAAUUUUAUCCUGGAAUAAGAAAAGAUGGAUCUUAUUUAGCAAAAAUCGAUUGUGAUAGUGAAAAUGGUGGUAUGAAACUUGACCAAAAUUUUUAUAUGUCAUUUAAAGAUGAACCUAAUGGUCCAGCACGUGCUCAUGAAAUGCGUUAUCCAGGUGGAGAUUGCACUUCGGAUAUAUGGAAUUAA